UCCGUUUAAACAUGCUCAGCUAUGAUACACUUUAUCUAAGAAAGAAGAUGAAAUGUAAACAUAAUCUUAUACCAUAUGUUAAUACUCCAUAUCUAUCAUGUGAGUAGACAGCAUUUGACGAUAAUAGGAUGGUGGUUCAAAGGGCAAAGUUUUACUUUACGCUUCAACUUACAUGUCAACGCCUCAUUAAGUUAUAGCAAUGGCCUCCAAAUUUGAGCGUUAAUUCAUGAAAGAUCAGUUUUAUUCAAUAACUUUGCUUGCUUCACCUGUCAGGAAAGUGACAGAAACACAAAGGCUGAAUUUUACUGUGAGGAAUGUUCCGAGUUUUUUUGUGGGAAAUGUGUGACGCUCCAUAACACACUUUUCAAGAAGCAUGCGACUUUGGGUAAGGCAAACAUUAGCCAGUGGCCAGAUACCUAUGCGGAUGCACUACAGCAAUGCCAGGACCACAAGAAAGAAAAACUGACAGGAUUCUGUGAGGACCACAACCAACUGAUAUGUCAUGUCUGCCAUAUCCACAAUCAUAAAGACCAACAAAAAAAGCCAACAAACUACUGCAACGCCAUGCCAAUUGACCUUUCGACAGCGAGAGUGAAGCCACGCCCCCCGAUUUCAAGGGAGGUCACUCCGCCGAAGUCCGUCAUAAAACUGGCUACGCGAAUCGGUGCAUCCUUGACUGAAAGUAAACAGACACGAAGUGAGUCUGUUGUGAAGCAAUCAAAUCCCCCAGUGUCACCCCAAACAACUAUUGGCAAUCUAAUACUGAUUGAUGAGGGUGAAAUUGUACAAAGCAGCAAGAAAGCAGAUAAACCCAUUUCACCUAGGUCUACAAAUGAGACCUCCGUGAAAGGAACACCUGAGAAUCAAGGAAAACCCCUGAGGAUGUUCAACAAUUGGAUCCGAAAGCAAUCACACUCUUUUACAAAGCUCUUAAAGAUGGAAAAGAAAAGGUCAAUAAUAUUCGCCUGA